AUGCUAUCUAUUUUUGGCAAAAAUACUCGUUCUUUAAUUGAUUCUGGUGCUACACAUUCAUUUAUAUCAUAUGCAUUUGCUAUUAAUGCAGACCUUAUGACCGAACCAUUAGACAGUGAUUUAGUGGUAGCUAUUCCAAUAGGACAUUUACUUUUAGCUAACAAAGUGUACAAGGAUUGCGUGAUUAGAGUGAAUGACCAUAAGUUGAGAGCUAAUUUGAUUCCACUUGAUAUUCAUGAUUUUGAUGUGAUAUUGGGCAUGGAUUUCUUAGCUGCAAAUCAUGCUUCAGUUGAUUGUUUACACAAAGAGUUGAAACUUGAUGAUAUACCAGUGGUAAGAGAUUUCCCUGAUGUUUUUCCUGAAGAUCUUCCAUGGUUAUCUCCUGAUAGAGAAAUUAAGUUUACCAUUGACUUGAUCCCAGGGACUAUCCCUAUUUCACAUACACCUUAA